CAUGAUUCGAUUCGAGCCUCAAAGAACCUCUUUCUCUGACUCUCUGUCGCACUUUGCCUUCGUUCGCGGCUACAGCUGUUUCUGUGCGUCACGUUCGACCGAGAGACUUUGGGAAUUCUUCAACGCAACGUCUCGAACUUUCAUCCUUUCCCACGCUCUUUUUCUGUUUCUUCUUUUCUGACGAACGAACGCGUCGCACCGCUAGGCCGUCUCGGCUCGCCUGAAGCCUUUUGUGCCUCCGAAACAUGCAUUCUCCGUCCAUGCCAGUCUGAAUUUCUGCGUAUCUUCUUGGCGUCGCGUCUGCCACUGCUGAAGCGCCUGAGCGUUUUUUCUUUCGGUAUGUUUCCGCGCUCUUUCGACUUUUUUCUUCCCUCGCUCUUUUUACCCUUUCUCCCUGAUCUCCGUCUCUCGUCUUUCGUUGCAACCACGCGCGCCGCAGGUCCGCGGGUUGCUGCCGUGUCGUUUUUGCCACCGGAAGAAACGGGCGUUUUUCGAUGGCCCUCAGCUACUGUUCUGGUCCCGUCCUUUCCCUGUGUGAUUGCGUCAACCGUCACAACGGGAUUCUGCUUUUUCCGUUUACUUUUUUCUCCACUUUCCGUUGAAAACGAGUCCCUCGUCGACCCGGGUCCCGGAGGGGGGGAGGGGGGCGGGCAGCACGGCAUUUCCCCCAGCUUGCUCUUUUCUUAGACCCCACGACUUGCCUGUGUUUGCUUCUUCACCCUUUCGAAGUGGACAAGACAAAGGUUUCUUCUCCAUUCCUUCUCCUUUGUCCCCGCCGUUCGGUUGUGCAAACACUGGUCUCUUCCGCGGCGUUUCUCUUCCGCCGAAGUCAUCCAAGACACCGUGUGCUACUCGUUUUCCCUGAUGUCUGUAUUCGAGGAAAGUUCGGGGCAGGUCUCCGGUUCUCUUCCGUUCUCUGGACAGGGUCGUUGUUCUUAGACGCUUUCCUCGGGAACUCAACUCUCCUGCGCUGGCCAGGAUCCCCAUGUCUCCCUAACGCUUCUCACGGCCUUGAUGUUUUUCAACUACUUUCCUCGUCUUCACCACCCUUGCUGUUUAUUCUUUGUGGUUUGCACCGCCGUCUCUGGGCGUCUUCGGCUCGUCUCGAUUUCUCUACGUCCUCGCCUCUCUCCCCUUGAGUGGCUUUCCUACCAGCUUCGUCCUCCCUUCCUCUGUUUUCUAAGCCGUCGACGCAGAGCGGCACACUCCGCCCCGCAGGGCCUGCUUUGCAAGACGAGAAAGUUCUCUGCGUACCCGAAGAGGAGCAAGCGAGGUCUUCGGUCACCUCGUCCUUGUUUGACGCGCCCAGUGUUCUCCUGGAAAAGCGAAAUGAGUUCGGCGGGGCGCCGGAGUGACUUGCCUCCGAAGAGCGAUCUGCGCAGGGCGAGAGAGUCCGCCCCGCGCUCGCGCAUCUCCCGUCAAGCAGAGGGCGCCUCAGCCUCCUCUCCGGAGUACGCGCUCCCGCCGGCCUGGCAGCAGCGGUCUCUGCCACUCGAUUCCGACUCUGCGUCCUCUUCCUUCCCGUUUUCUUCGCCAUCUGCGUCGCCGUUUUUCGGAGAGUCUCAGCGCAUGCAAGCAGCGCACCAAGUGCCGAGCCGAGACAGGGGGGAUCGAGUGAGGCAGCUCGAGGGCGAGUGUCUAGACAGCCUGCAGUCCUCCCUGCGAGUCGUCGCAGAGACCAAUGAGGUUUCACAACGCACUGCAGUCCAGCUCGAUGCGCAGUCCGAGCAACUUCGGGGAAUAAAAGACACGACAGACGACAUCAAGGCGAAUCUUCAGACUUCGGACUACUUGCUGAAAGGGAUGAAGACAUGGUGGGGAUCCUUUACUCAGCUCUUCACCUCUCCGCCUUCCCAGAGAGUUUCCUCUUCUUCAGAAGGAAAGAAAAGCGUCACACAGAGAGACAGAGAGAACCUCCCGGAAUGGGAGAGAGAACACAGAGAACAAGAUGCACAAGAAGAAAGGAGACGGCAAAGACUCAUCCAGGCGCAUCGAGCGCGAACAACCGACUUCGACACGAGGCUCGAAGGAGAUCUUGAGAAACUUUCUGUCAUGCUGGAAGAGCUUCACGGCCGAGCGGUCCAGAUGAACGGAGCUUUGCAGGAGCAGAACAAUUUGCUCGACGAAAUCAACCAGAACGUGGAUGCGAAUCAGCAGACUUUGGAGAGGCAGAGGAAGACGAUGCAGAAGAUCAUCAAGAAAGGAUAGCUGCGACGCGAGGCGGAGUCGAAGUUAACGACUUUGCCUCGAGCAAAUAUUUACCUCGUUUCCUUGUGGAACUCUUCACAUGUAUAUGCAGAUGUGUAUAGGUAUAGAGGCUGCAGUCGUUACACACCUUUUUUUCCAGUGCCGAAUCUGGCAUGUUCAGAGUCUGUCGAAGAUGCCUUGUCGGCCUUCGGGUGUUUUUUGGGUUGCUUCAGCAGGAAUGCAGACACACGGGAGAGUUUCAAAGAAAGCAGCGAUGAGACGGGAACUCCCGAAGGAAUACGGUGACGUUUGUACAGCUCGCAGACAGGUGCCGGGUGUUCGUAGACACGCUGGAUUUCCCUGCUCUCGGCGUACUGAACAUGGCGGUCUUCUUGUUCCUCGUCUUUCCGCCGCGCUUACCGGUUCGAGUGUAUAUACACCUUGCCUCUGCUGUCUGUGAACAGCUGCGUGCAACUUGGUGGUUGGUGGGCGUUCUUUUGGAGUGAAAACGCGUCUCGCGUUUUCAGCGACUUUUCCGGGGAGACACACCGUUUGGAAUAUGUCACGGCUCCGUUGCUGCAUGUGCCGCUUCCCUGGCGUCGUGGGCAGUGAGACGACGCGAGAGGCUGUCAGGGAGCAUGCAACGUCCUGCACACCCGCCCUGCUGCGAGUUCCCUCUUGAACCGGAUCUGCUGAUCUCUAGCAAAAGCACAAAUCGAUUCUGAAGCAGACUAAGACGGUAGAGUGAUGGUAAUUGAGGAAGAAAGAGUCGUUGUAAGACAUGCAAACUAUCCUCGAAAACAGAACUCUAUAUUUGAGGAACAUGCUUCUGCUAGCAACUGCGUUACUGCAGC